UCUAAAGAUUCUCCCUUAUCUCUCAUGUUUCAAACAUUCACCCUUAACCAACCUCUCAUUUAAUUUUCAUCAAAUUCCAAAACCUCCACCUCUUUAUAUUGGUUUCAGCACGAGAGAAUCAUAAUCUUGUAUACUAUGUAGCAUUCAAUGAUUAUUACAAUUUUACUCUACAAAAUCAUUAGAAUUGAGCUAAAAUUUCAAACAAUUUACCUUUAUAGAAUUUCUUAAAUUUCAACAUAUAACCUUGAUAUGCAAAAUUGACAUGUUUUACAAUGGUAACAUUUCUUCAUAAUAAACAAGAUGAGAAAAAAAUCUUAGAAAAAUAACAACAAAAUUUGGAUCUUCUUGAAAGACAAAUUGUGCAUUCUGGAUUCUCCUAUAUAUACUCAAACCUUCCCUCUUUUUUCACAACUCUUUGCCACUCACACUUACUUUACAACAAAAAUUCAAAUUCAAAUUCAACAAGAAUCCAUGUUGAUCCCUCACAAACAGAAACAAUCCAUGAUUAUUCCAACAUCAUCAAUGCUUGGUCAUCAUCACACUCACAACAACUCUGUCAAACGCCGUUCACCAUCAUCAUCUUCUCCUCACCAACCAUCAUCCAAGAAGCAUUCUUUCGACGCAAGCAAUCUCACCCGUAAUGGCUUCUCCGCCAUUACACUUCCUUUCAGUCUUCGUGGUAAUGCUCUUCGCUGCUGUGUCGCUGAUCCAUGCACCUUGCCGGAUCAAGCUAUGCCGGUUAAAGGGUCGUCGACUGCUUUGCCGCCUCUGCCUCCGAUCAGGAGAUGUAUAUCUGAAGUUAUUGAUCCUUUGGAGGUUAAAGAAGCAGUUGCUUGUUAUUUGAACUCUGCUGAAAAAACCACCCCUGAAUCUGAUUCAAUGAGGCUUAAAAGGAUGAAGGAUCGGUUAAAAGAAAUGAAGAAAGUGUGGGAUGAAGUUAUGGAAGACGAGGAAGAAAAUGAAAAAGAACAAGAACAAGAAGAAGAGCCCUCUCCUGAUGCUGAAGAUGAAAAAGAUGAAAAAGAACAAGAAGAAGAGCACUCUCUUAACUCUUUUGUUGCUGAAGAUGAAAAAGUCAUAUCUCAGGAUGAAUUGGGAAAUGAUUAUGAAGAAGCUGUUAGUGUAGAGUGGGUUGAUAAGUGUUUAAGCCUUACUUUCAAGUGUCCAUGUAGCAAGGGAUAUGAGGUUCUAAUCUGUGCAAACAAUUGUUACUACAAGUUGGUGUAGAAGAAUCACUAUGAUACUAUUUGAACAUCACUUACAUUUGUUUAGUAAAUAACUUGUUACAUAACUUACAUUUAUGAUACUAUUAUCAAUCAUAGUAGCUUCUAUUCUUAUACAUCUAUAACUAUAUUCUUCAAUCA